AUUUAUAUUUGUUUUCCUAAAAUGGCAUCCUCCAGCCUCUGGACAAUGGAGGCGUCGAAAUACUUCCUCAGAAACUGCCUGUUGUUUAGCAUUUUAAGUACAAUUGUGAUAGCCCAAAUAGCCCAAAGAUUAUCCUCCCCCAAUCCCUGCACGUCCAAAGGGAAAUGCUACGAAUGCAUCCAAACGCCCGGAUGCGCCUGGUGUUACGAUCCCAACUUCGGCGACGGUCCGCGUUGCUUCUCGCCCUCGUUGGUCUACCAGCAGCAGAAGAAGUGCCCCGAGGAGUUCGUCAACAAUCCGGACAACAUCCUCAGCUAUCUGGCGAACGCGGAAUUGACGAAGGCGCGCAAGGGCGGCUUCGAGGGCGGCGGCGCCGCCGUGACGGGCGCCGAGGGCAGCUACAAUUACAGCGAGAGCUGGUGGGCGAGCGGCUCGGAGCACGGGCAAUCGCACGGCGGCGCCGCCGGAGCCGCCGCCGGCGGCAGGAACAUCGUCCAAGUGAAGCCGCAACGGCUGAAUUUGAAAUUGAGAGCGCGGCAAUCGUAUAGCAUUCAAAUGUUCUACACGCAAGCGGAGGAUUACCCGGUGGAUUUGUACUACCUCAUGGACCUCAGUAAAUCCAUGUACGAUGACAAAGAGAAAUUAUCGUAUUUGGGCGACAGUCUGGCCAGUACAAUGAAGAAAUUGACGUCGAAUUUCCGGCUGGGUUUCGGAAGUUUCGUCGAUAAGGUCGUCAUGCCCUACGUCAGUACGUUGAAGGAAAAGUUGCGGCGCCCUUGCGAUAUUUGCGUAGCUCCCUAUGGAUUUCGCCACCAUAUGACCCUUGAUAAAAAUACGCAAUUAUUUUCAAAAAUGGUGAAGCAAGCGAACGUUUCGGGUAACUUGGACGCCCCCGAGGGCGGUUUCGACGCCAUCAUGCAAGCCACCGUGUGCAGACACAAAAUAGGCUGGAGAGAACACGCCAGAAGGCUUUUAGUAUUCUCCACCGAUGCCAGUUUCCAUUACGCUGGCGACGGGAAACUGGGCGGCAUCGUGAAACCCAACGACGGCAUUUGCCACCUCUCCGACGACGGUUUCUACACGCAAUCCCAAUACCAGGACUAUCCGUCGAUCGAACAGAUCAAUUUGAGCGUGAAGAAGAACUCCAUCAACGUGAUAUUCGCCGUCACCAAGGCCACCAUCGAGAUCUACGAGCAACUGGCCAAGGCGAUCGAGGGCGCCUCGGUGGGCAAGCUCGAAGGCGACAGUUCGAACAUCGUCACGCUGAUCAAGGAGCAGUACGAACAGAUCUCGUCCACCGUCGAGAUGAAACACAACGCCUCCAGCGCCGUCAGCGUCAAGUUCUUCUCCAAGUGCCUGAACGAAUCCGGCGCCCUGGUGCCCACCAACAAGUGCGGCAACAUCAAGGUGGGCGACGUGGUAAGUUUCAAAAUCGACCUGGAAGUGUUGAAAUGCCCCAAGAAUCGCGCCGAUCACUUCCAAAAGAUCCAAAUCUACCCGGUCGGUAUCAACGAGAGCCUCAUCAUCGAUUUGGAGAUGCUGUGCGAAUGCGAUUGCGAGCAACCCGGCGAUAAGUAUUACAAGGAACGCGCCGACAAGUGCUCGAACAUGGGCACCUACAAGUGCGGCAUCUGCGAAUGCUACCCGGGCGCUUUGGGGCCCCACUGCGAGUGCCUCACCGACGAUUUGACGUCGAAUUCCACCAUCUCCGAUUGCAUCAGGCCCGAUUUCCCCGACGACAAGGAAUGCUCCGGACAGGGCCAGUGCGUUUGCAAGAAGUGCAUUUGCGCUAACGAACGCAUAUACGGCAAGUACUGCGAGUGCGACAACGACCACUGCGACCGGCACGACGGCAAAUUGUGCAGCGGGCCCGAUCACGGCACGUGCGAUUGCGGCGUGUGUCACUGCCGUGCCGAAUGGGAGGGGCCCAGUUGCGCUUGCGUCAAAUCGAAGGCGACCUGUUACGCGCCCGGCGACGAUAAGAUCUGCUCGGGUCACGGGCGGUGCGAGUGCGGCGUCUGCAAGUGCGAGGCCACCGCCGACGGAUCGCAUUCGGGCAAAUUUUGCGAACGGUGUCCGACGUGUACUGAUAAAUGUAUAGACUUCAGGGAUUGCGUGCAGUGUCAACAGUACCACACCGGGCCGCAUAAGAAACCCGAAGAUUGCGCUAGGAAUUGCUCCAAUUUCUUCACGCCUUCUUCCGCCGACGAGAUUAUAGUAAACGAAGAGAACAAUGAGAUUCUGUGCGCCUAUUACGACGAAGACGAGUGCAGGUUCGCGUACGUUUAUUACUUCGACAACGAGAACAAGAUUCAAGUGAGGGCGCAGAAAGAACGAGAGUGUCCUGAAAAGGUUUACGUUCCCGGUAUCGUAUUGGGCGUGAUAGCUGCUAUAGUUCUCAUCGGUAUGGCUAUAUUGUUGCUGUGGAAAUUGCUGACGACUAUCCACGAUCGACGGGAAUUCGCUCGAUUCGAAAAGGAGAAGAUGAUGGCCAAAUGGGAUACGGGAGAAAAUCCGAUAUACAAGCAAGCUACUUCGACGUUUAAAAAUCCAACGUACGCUGGAAAAGGAUAAAUUUUUUAAUUGGAUUUGCUAUUUUUAUUUGGAAUAUUUCACUUGGAGUAAUACGUUUCUAACUGUAAAUAACUAUAAUUUAAUAUGAUUUAUAAAUUAAUUUAAUUUUAAUGGUUGUUAUACGAACAUACGAACCCCGAGAUGUAUGCAGGAGGAUCGAUUCGUCCUGUGUAAUAUUAUUUUUGUAACUAAUCAACUGAGACAAAUCGAAACUGCCCCCUAAUUGUAAGCGUAAAUACGAAUUUAUUUUGAUUGUAUGUAAUGUUAAUUAGUGCCAUACGUAAUGACGCAAAUUUGAGAAUCUAGUUAUAAUUAAUUUUACAUUGGGAAUAUUGUAACAACGUUGUGCCUUAUCGGAGGAGAAGAAAAUGCGAUAUUAAUUAUUUGGAAUCUCGUACUUUUACUGCCUAUGACAAUUUUAGAGGUGCCUAUAAAAAGCCAGGAUAUUAUGUCCUGCCUAUUUUAAUAAGUCGUUUAAUUUACGCGAAAAUUAUACAAUUUUAACUAUUUAUUCUCUAAUAACUGUUUAAUUUUUUUUCGAAUACUUAUUAGAUCUGUUUUUAGUACUUAAGCAUUGAAAUAUUAAGUCACUAAAUUAUUCUAUCGUAAGUGUAAUAUAUUUGUAAUAAAUCAUUUUGCAUGCUUACUUUAUUACGUUUAAGAAUACAUUUUUUUAAAGCGAAUUGUUAGCGGCCUAUUUUUAUUAAUGAAUGUUAGUCGAUUGGUUAAAAUUUAUUAAAAACUG